AUGAAGAAUAUAACAGAAAAACAUGAAGCUUCUUACACUUUUGCAAUAUAUCCUAUAUGCUUACCCUAUCGAAAGGAUGUGGCAUAUAAAAUAUUUGCUACUUCCAAUGAACAAGAAACCCUUUGGGGAGCCGGAUGGGGUUCCACGCAGUAUGGUGGUGCCACCAGUUCAAUUUUGCAAGAAGUUAUGUUACCUGCAGUAACUACAGAAAAGUGUCAAAAUGCUUACUCAGCAUUUCCAAAUAAGAUAAUAGAUGAAAGAGUUAUAUGCGCCGGCUACGAACAAGGCGGUAAAGAUGCCUGCUCGGGUGAUAGUGGAGGACCUCUUUUUUGGCCCGUGAGAGUAGUCUACUUUUUAAUUGGUAUCGUUUCUUAUGGAUACAGGUGCGCUGAACCUGGAUUCCCUGGGGUAUAUACUCGAGUAUCUGCGUAUAUGCCUUGGAUUGUUGAAAAGUUACAGCAAUAA